AUGGAACAUGGAGCAUAUGCUAUAUGCUUCAAAACGAAAAAAUGUGUUCAUCGGCGCACCAAAAUUGCUCCAAAACAGUACUAUUUUUUUUUGGGAGCAAAUUUUUUGCGUUUCGAAGCAAUAUUCGUUUUUUCCGAUGAAUUCAUCGAAAAAAAAAAACGAAAAUUGCGCCAUUGAAACUAUGUCAAAAUUAAAAAUUCGAAUAUAUAUAGAGGAGAAAAAUCGAUUUUAUAUAUAAACUGUGCCCCACUUAUUUUUAAAAAGUGCGCGUUGCUUGCUUCUGUGCUCGCUGCCGCGGGAAACUGAAAGUUUUUUUAAAAAUUUUUUUUGUUGUUGUUUUAUCGUUUUUUUGCUGGGUUUUUUUCGAAGACACACCUCUUUGAUUUAAAGAUAUUUUUUUAUAAUAUAAAUUUAUUUAGAUUCUAGCUUCGUAGAGCUUUUUCCUCAGGAUGACGGCAAGUGGAAAAGAUAAAGGAAAAGAUAGAAAGAAAAACUUUCCGCCCACGCCAGGUUAUUUUCGUAAUGUAAUAUAUUCUUAGAGUUUAUGUCAAUUUUAAAGUUUAUCAAAAACGUUUAUUCAGUAUUUUCAAGCCCUUUAGUUUGAAAAAGUUGCUAUUACGGAGAAUAAUAGUUUAGAAACAUUUCCAAUUUCAGGAACAUCUUUUGACUACAGAGCUAACGCAUUUCUUUAUUUCUUCAAUCGUAAGUUUUUUUUCGAGUCAAAUCUCUUGCAGUUGCUUUUGCUUCAGAGUAAAAAUGGUUACGCUAAGGAAGCUGAUCUGAGAAAGAUUUACACGACUGCAGAUCAUAGCUACCAUGGACAACUUCCUUUCAAAAAAUACAAUGUAUGACUUUAUUCAAAUAACUUCUAACUUUUAUCUCAGGUUAUUUUCGCUAGAGUCGAGAAAAGGCUUUCACUCCUCAAAUGGGAGGUCGGUAUUCUCUCUUUGACUAGACUUUAAUCUGAGAGUUAUUUAGCUGAAACGAGUUGACGAAAAAAUUUACGUCAUCAACAAGUUGAAGCAAGCUUCUAAACUGAAUAUGCCGAUAAAACAGAAGGUUUACAGGUCCUAAUGAUUUGGUCACAGUUAUUUUUUAGGAAUAUCACGAUGCUAUUUUGGCCGCAGCACUCAUGUAUAUUUUCGCCGCCAGAAACCCAGAGAUCGAAACAGAAAGAGGCGUUAGUGCAGACGAUUUGUACGAGUUUUUGGUGAGAAUAAGUCGGGCUACUUGAGAAUCCACAGUUUUAGUUCGAAAUUCUUCGUGAAAACGAAAACAAAAGCCUAAGUACCAAAGAAGAAGCCGAGUUGAAAAGGCUGAUUGCCCCACAUCCCAGAGCGGUCUUCAUCAAAAAAGGUUUUUGCAUAACCUCGACUAAAAAGUUUUUAUAUCAAGGAUAUCUGUCAUACUUCCGAGCGACGGACCCAGAUGGCGUCGAGCAAUUCCGAUUCGACUGGGGCUCAAAUGCUCAUACAAAUUAUGAUCCACAGGUUCCUUCAUAUUCCUGAGUUGAGAUGGAUUUUAUUCCAAUAAAGUAAAAAAGAAGUGAUGUUGCAGAAAAAGUUUUAAGCUCCUUUUUUCAGUCGUUGAUGAUCACUUUCGCCAAGUUCUCUGGAGAGCCGAGUACAACUCUUAGCCAACAAGCCAAUAAGUCGAUCGAAUUGAAGCAGUUGCAGCUUCUCAAGCCCAUUUCGGUAUUUCAUUCAAAUGAAGCUUUUCAUCCAAACAUUUUAAGGGGAAAAAUAGAGCGAAGUUGGUCAAGAAAGAAGAAAAAUGA